AUGGCUCCAACACCUGAUGAAUCCUUGUCGCAGGCCCAUGCCCUGCUGAAAAGAGUCCCAUUGAUCGAUGGACACAAUGACUUUCCUUACAUCAUCCGGGGAUGGUUUCGAAACAACUUUGAACUUUUCUCUCCUGGGAUUCAUAAUAUGCCUAUCGGCCAAACAGAUUUAACUCGACUGAGAAAAGGCCUCGUUGGUGGACAAUUUUGGAGCGCCUUCGUCCCAAUUCCAAAAACCAACCAUGCACUCGGCAAGCUUGAGUGUCUGAUGAAGACUUUACAGCAGAUUGACACUAUUCACUUACUCGUUGAGACCUUUUCUGAGUAUUUCGGAGCAGUAAACUCGUCAAAGGACAUCGAAACAAUUUUCAAAUCAGGAAGGAUUGCUAGUUUGAUCGGUGUUGAAGGCCUACAUCAGAUUGCUGACAGUUCCUCUGUUGUGAGACUGUUUCACAAACUGGGUGUCAGAUACAUCACUCUCUGUCAUGAUGGUGAUAAUCUAUAUGCUGAUUCCUCGAACGGAAAGAAUAAAAAUGGGGGUUUAUCUAGCCACGGCCUGGAAAUGAUACGUGAGAUGAACCGUAUCGGCAUGAUAGUCGACUUAUCGCACACAUCUACAGACACUCAGAAACAAGUCUUGGGUGUCUCUCAAGCCCCAGUCAUUUUCUCUCAUUCCUCUUGUAACUCACUACUACCCAGUCCUCGCAACGUCACAGAUGAGGCCCUAGAUCUUCUGAAGACAAACAAUGGCCUUAUAAUGAUCUGUUUUCUCCCUAACCUCGUCAACGCCAACGGAGUUCAGGGAGCUGUGGUCGAUCAGGUUAUUGAUCAUAUUAUAUACGCAGGUCAAAGGAUAGGCUUUAAGCAUGUUGGCAUUGGCUCCGAUUUUGAUGGUAUGCUACAAGGUCCAAAAGAUCUGGAUGAUGUGUCCAGAUACCCGCAACUUGUUGGGAAGCUUCUAGACCGUGAGCUCUCAGAGGAUGUCAUUACACAAGUACUUGGCGGUAACAUAAUCAGGGUUCUGGGUGAGGUGGAAGCUGUGUCAAGGGAACUAAAAGGUCAGGUGCCUGUGUUAUCUGAUGAGAUAGAGGAAGUAUGGACAUCAGAGCAAAAGGAUAUACUGACUAGAAUGGGAACAUCAAGGAGUUCUCAGGGUUUUAGCAACUAG